AUGUUGUCUACCCCUGUUCUCUCCACCCUUCUGUUGGUCGGCUCUGCAGCGGCCAACAACCAUAAGUUUGGUCGUCGAGAGCUGUUGAUCACCGACAGCGUCAAAACCGCUUGCGACCAGCUCAGUGCCCAUGCGUCCAACUCUACGCUCUUUCCCAACUCAACUGCCUACGAGACCCAACGCAUCAAUGUCUGGGACGUGAGGGCCAACCUCAAUCCGGCCUGUAUUUAUAUGCCUACGAGUGCAGAGGAUGUUGCGAAGGCCGUAGAGAUCUUCCACACCAACAAAGCCCCCUUUGCCGUCAAGGGCGGUGGCCACAUGAACUACCCCGGAUCAAACACGAUUGAUGACGGAAUCCUCCUUGCUUUGAACGGAGUCAACGCUAUCAAGGUCAACGCGGACGAUAACAACAUUGAGGUUGGACCCGGUAACAAGUGGGUGGAUGUUUACCAGGCUCUGGCUCCCCACAAGCAGUAUGCCAUCGGUGGCCGUCUCAAGACCAUUGGAGUUCCCGGCCUCACCUUGAUCGGCGGUGUCAGCUACUUCUUGAACAAGUACGGCUUCUCCAUGGACAACAUUCUCAGCUACGACGUCGUCCUCGGUAACGGCACCCAGGUUGUCGCCAGCAACACCUCUAACCCCGACCUCUUCUGGGCUCUGAAGGGCGGUGGCAGCAACUUCGGCAUUGUCACCAAGUUCGUCAUGAAGACCUACAAUAUCCCUCUGGUCUCCAGCACGAUGCAGGUCUUCCCUGAAGAAGCUAUCCCCGAGUUCAUCAAGGCUGCGUGCAACAUGGCCCUCUUCGAGGACUCAAGCCAAGGUGCCGGAGCUGUCAUUAACAUGAACUACAACACCACCACCAAAGAGACCAUUCCUCAGGUCUUCGGUCUCCAGGAGACUACUGACUCCCCUCCCUCGCACUUCGCCAACUUCACUGCCAUUCCCAAUGCUACCCUCCGCUUGCACAACGUCACGGCGCCGAUCGACUGGCACUCCAAAUUCGAUUCCCCGAACCAAAUGUUUCGCGUUCAAUUCGGCCACCACACCAUCAAGCCCGACGCCGACAGACUCUACGAGAUCUACGAGUCCUGGGUCGAGGCUAUCCAGGACGUUCUUGAUGUCGAGGGCCUUCGUCCUACUUACAUCCUGAACUUGGUCCCCAAGUCUGCUUUGACUGUGGCCAAGACCAACGGCGUUGGCAACACCUUCGGCCUCGAUGACACCGAGUCAUACAUCUGGUGGCAAUUCACUACCUCCUGGGCCCGCGCUGAGGACGACCUUAGGAUGACUGCCUGGCACGAGUCUUUGCUCAGCCGCCACCAUGAGAUUAACAAGGCCAAGGGUCUGGCUACCGAGUUCAUCUACAUGGGAGAUGCAGGCGAAUACCAGAAGCCCUUCCCCCAGUACGGCGCCGAGAAUGUUGAGAAGAUGAGACAGAUUAGGGGCCAGUACGACUCUGACUUGACCUUCACCAAGCUCAACUGGGGAGGCUUCAAGCUUGGCUACUAA